AUGAGCCUCCGUCUGCCGCUGCGGGGUGGGGGCAAAUUCGCCACAAUCAUCAGCGCCUACGCUCCGCCGAUGAGCAGCCCCGACGCCGCCGCAAGAGACAAGUUCUACGAGGACCUGCACGCCCUCUUGGCGUCUGUGUCGAAGGCGGACAAUUUGAUUGUCCUUGGCGACUUCAACGCCCGCGUCGGCACAGACCAUACUGCCUGGAGGGGAGUGCUGGGCCCCCACGGUCUCCGCGGCUCCAACGACAAUGGUCUGCUACUGCUUCGCGCCUGCGCAGAACACCGCCUCAUCCUGACGAACACGUUCUUCUGUCUGCCGGAGCGAGAGAAGGCCACCUGGAGGCAUCCUCGGCCGCGUCAGUGGCACCUGCUGGACUAUGUCCUCGUCCGGAGGCGAGAUCAGCGGGACGUGCUGGUGACGAAGGCGAUCGCGGGUGCUGACGGGUGGACCGACCAUCGCCUCGUCAUCUCGAAGAUGCGUAUUCGCCUACAGCCUCGCAGGAGACCACAAGGUAAGCGACCCCCAGGUAAGCUGAAUGUUGCUUUGUUGUCUUUGUCUGCUCACCGUCUCCAUUACAGCAAUGAGCUAGCACAAAGGCUAGACAACCUUCCUAUCGCUGCCGUCGCCGACGACGCCGCCGCCACCGCUGCCGAGAACGCCUCCGUGGAAAACCGCUGGUGUCAACUGCGUGACACAAUCCAAUCGACGGCGCUCGCCGUCCUCGGUCGCGCUCCCGGCCAACACCAGGACUGGUUCGACGACAACGACGCCGCCAUCAGAAAUCUGCUUGCUGAGAAGAACCGCCCCCACAAAGCCUACGUAGAUCACCCCACUGAGGACAACAAAGCUGCCUUCUACCGCAGUCGCCGACAGCUUCAGCAACGACUGCGCGAGAUGCAGGACGCCUGGACUGCUCGCAAAGCUGAGGAGAUCCAAGGCUACGCGGACCGCAACGAAUGGAAGAACUUCUUCUCCGCGAUCAAAGCUGUUUACGGUCCGCCGACGAAGGGCACUGCUCCUCUCCUCAGCGCCGACGGCAGCACCCUCCUGACUGAGAAGACGCAAAUCCUACAGCGAUGGGCCGAGCACUUUCGAGGCGUCCUCAACCGCCCUUCCGUCAUCUCCGACGCCGCCAUCGCCCGCUUGCCGCAAGUGGCGACCAACGCGGACCUCGACCUCCCGCCAUCUCUCCAGGAAACGAUCAGGGCCGUGCAGCAGCUCUCCAGCGGGAAAGCACCCGGAUCGGACGCAAUCCCUGCUGAGGUCUACAAGCACAGAGGUCCCCUACUGAUGGAUCACCUGACUGCGCUCUUCCAGGAAAUGUGGCGUCAAGGUGAAGUCCCGCAAGAUUUCAAGGACGCAACUAUCGUGCACCUUUACAAGCGAAAAGGGAAUCGCCAAGUCUGCGACAACCACCGCGGCAUCUCCCUACUGAACAUCGCCGGGGAGAUCUUCGUUCGCAUCCUGCUCAACCACCUCAACAACCAUCUGGAACAGGGCCUUCUGCCGGAAAGCCAAUGCGGCUUCCGUCGUCAUCGUGGGACCACGGAUAUGAUCUUCGCAGCCCGCCAACUUCAGGAGAAGUGCCAGGAGAUGCCGACCCACCUGUACUCUACCUUCGUGGACCUGACGAAAGCCUUCGACACGGUGCAUCGUGAAGGACUGUGGAAGAUCAUGCAGAAAUUCGGCUGUCCGGAGCGAUUUACUCAAUUGGUGCGUCAGCUGCACGACGGUAUGAUGGCGCGAGUCACGGACAACGGAGCUGUCUCAGAGGCAUUCGCAGUGACCAACGGAGUGAAGCAGGGCUGUGUGCUGGCGCCUACCCUCUUUAGUCUCAUGUUCUCUGCCAUGCUGAUGGACGCCUACCGCGACGAACGCCCUGGAAUCUGCAUCGCCUACAGAACGAACGGUCAUCUCCUGAAUCACCUAUGCAUGAACUUCCAAUCGCGUGUAUCCACAGCCACCGUGCACGAACUCCUUUUCGCCGACGACUGCGCCCUGAACACCACCUCGGAAGAGGAGAUGCAACGGAGCAUGGACCUAUUCUCCGCCGCCUGCGAGAACUUUGGGCUGGUUAUCAACACGCAGAUGACGGUGCUGAUGCAUCAGCCGCCUCCCAACUCAGCCACAGGCCCCAACGCGCCGCCGUAA